AUGGCCGAGGUCGGACAGGAGCCAUCAGCGCCACGAGCCGUGCGCGUCUGCCGCAUCUGCGUGGAUUUCCUGCACAACCCCGCUGCUGCCGUGGAGCCCUGCGGACACGUGUUCUGCCACGCCUGCAUCCAGCCCCAGGCUGCCACCGACGCCGCCGCCACCUGCCCCACCUGCCAAGGGCCCAUCGGCAGCAUCCGCGUGCUGGAGGGCCAGGACAACCCAGCCCCGGUGGCCCCGCGUCGCCCCCGCCGCCGCCUCCAUCCCUUCGUGGCGCGGUGGCGCCAGCGGCAGCAGCAGGAGGCGCAGGAGGAUGCGGCUCCUGGAGGUGGCCGGCGCAGAAGACAUGCUGAUGGCGACAGGGUGUCUUGUUUUCUUCCUGCAGAUUGUCGCCAGUAUGCGAACAGGAGCUGUGAAGAAUGCCUGAAAAAUGUCACUUGCCUGUGGUGUGCCAGCAGCAGGAGGUGCAUGGAGUACCCCGUCCGAAGAAUCCUCCCGCCGGCCGACCUGUGCGAGCUCCGCUCGGCGCGCUGGGGAGUCUGCUGGGUGAACUUUGAAGCCCUGAUCAUUGCAAUGUCCGUGGUGGGAGGAACACUUCUGAUCAUGUUGGGGGUCUGCUGCUGCUGCUGCUGUUGUAAGAAAAAGAGCAAAAAGCCGGACAAGGAUGAUGAGAGAGCAGCCAGGGAGCGGGAGAAGAGGCGGGUGCGGCAGGAGGAGAGGAGAGCAGAGAUGAAAUCACGGCAUGAUGAAAUCCAAAGAAAAUACGCUGCUACCCACUGCAGGUCCAGGUUAGGCAGGAGAUUCCAGGGCCUCUGGAUGGGCUGGAUCCUUUACUGCUUGACCUGGACUGUGCAUGGCCUGCCUGGGAGAGGAAUUUGCCAUCAGGUCAAGCUUCUCAAUGGAUGUCUCCUCUUGUGCAGAAGGGGAGAGUGA